AGUGUCGUGCGUUGCGUCGGAGUGUGGGUUGUCGGUGGAGCGUUCGUCAGUGACAGGCGAGUGUUGGUGCGUGGAACGGCGUGCCGUGCAGCGGACGGCCGGGCGACACACAUGCGCCCUCGCGAGUGCCUAGGCAGCAGCUGCCGGGCGCCGGACGGCGGGUAGUGCAGACAGGCUAGGGGGGCAGAGCCCGACCCGAAGGCGUGGGUGACAGCGACACUGUGGAAAUAUUAACCAAGCAUGGCAACUACAGCGUUGGGUAUUCUUCUGCUUCGCCUCGUUCUUCCAAUCUGCCUUACAGCAUGUGUUGUAUUCAGGCAGAACCUUUUGUCUUUUAUCUACCUCCUCUUGUUUUUCUACGCACCAUGGGUUGGGGUUCCAUCUGCCAAAAGCAUGCAAGGUGCCACUGGCUGGUACCUGCAGAUUGUCAUGAUAUGCAGUUUUCUGACCUCGAUGGCACAACUGUCCUUCCAGAUAGUGCUUCUGUCUAUGCCACCAUACGGACAUUUCCUGGAACCUUGCGAAUUCCUGGAAAGAGUGCUGCGACAUAUUGGUUUGGUGAGAUUAGAUGGCAUUGGCUGGGUAGAUGCUGUUCGUACCCUGACUCCUGAGGCACUCAUGCUCUUUGUGUCAGUGAUUGUGUAUGUAGUGUGCACAAAUGCGGUGGGCGGAAGGCGCCGACUGAGUGAAGCAUCAGCUGGAAGCCUCCCGUCCACCGCUGCAAUCCUCCCAUCGAACACUGCCAUUCAUAAGAAGGAACAAAGCACAUCUCAGUUUGUAAUGACAUGUGGAAAGUAUGUGGUCUUGAUAUCUCUGUGUGCGGCUGGCUCCAUGCGUCCAUCUGUUCCUGGAGGUGUAUAUUUUCUCACCUUCAUUGGAGGUAUGACAUGGUGGGCCAGUGGACGGGCUCUGGGACGUGCAUUUGGUGGCAUGUUGUACAUCAUCAUUUGCAUAUCUGUUCUCCAUAUCAUUGCGCUUUUUGGAGUUCAACUGCAGUGGGUUCAGGACCUCAUUGGAGAAGGAGAUUGUAACUAUUGCAGGUAUCUGGGGCUCACACGUCUGGCAAUAACUAACUGCACUACAGAUCCUCGAUCCAUUACCUAUGAAUCAGCAGAAUGGGCAUCUUAUGUGAACCCAUUUAUUUUGCUGUGGUUAUAUUUCAUAGUUACACUCGAGGCCAGAAUACUCAUCAAAAAACAUGCUGAGCCCAAAGAGCAAAUAAGUGAAGGAGGAAGUCUAAAACCCCCUUUGUCACGUGAAAUUUCAUUGCGCAUCUCUCGCAGAGCGAGUAGAUGGAAAUCAGCUACUCGGAAAGUGCGACUGAUGCGAGGGGUUAGUCCAACUGGCAACUACAGCACUACCGCAAAUCAUGCUGCCGCAGGGCUGGAUGCUGGCCCUGGUAGCCUUUACCAGGAUCCUCAUGGAAGUGUCACUAUUACGGAGGUCAAUGACAUAGUCCAAAUGGAGAGCCUGGGUGACGCGAAAGAAAGUCCUGAGGAAAGUAGUGGAGAUCUUUUUGAUCAGUUAGUAAGCUGCAUUACUUCUGUUAUGACAAUACUCAACAGAUCAUCGUAUAUUGCCACCAAUAUUGUCAUGAUGGCCUGGAGCAUUACCUACCAUAGUUGGCUGACUUUUGUGCUGCUGCUGUGGGCCUCUGUCCUGUGGAUGUUUCCUAACCAGCGCCAGGCUUCACUCAACAGUUCCCCUGUAUUAGUACUAUAUGCUAUUUGUCUUCUGCUCAUCCAGUAUAUUUAUGGCAUGGACCUCACAGAUGCAGAACUACCUCAGGAAUUACAAAACAUCAACCUUCAGCAAAUUGGCUUUUUCAAACCUCUGGAACUACCAUGCAAACCUCUUUUUGCUAAGUCUCUCUACACUGUGAUGUUCUGGAUAACGCUUCGCCAGUUUGUAUACGAGCGUUUCCAGAGGAAGACGAGACAUACACUAGAGGAUAUGGCUGCUCCUCUACAAGUCACUGUUACAACUGCAACCACAGGGUUUGGUGACUCAUCUUCACAGAAACCCACUCCCCUUGUUACGAAGCUUGGAGAAAUUGUCAUUCAUUUUCUCACCAAAUUCUGGAUUUGGGUUGUUGCAAUAAUGCUUUUUGUGAUUGGAAUGAGUGGAAAAAACAUGACAAUAUUCCGAAUUAUAUACACCGCUCUCUUUUUACUUUUCGUUUUAGUAUUCCAGUUAUCUUAUGCUGCAUGGCGAAAAUUCUUGUAUGGAUUUUGGAUAACGGUUAUUAUUUAUUCUCUUGCUAUCUUAGUGAUGGUUUACACAUACCAAUUUGAUAACUUCGAUACAUAUUGGGCAAGAAUGGGAAUAUCAGAAACUCUCCAAGAAGAUAUUGGAUUGGAGAAGUUCCAGACAGGAGAUCUUUUCGUUCGACUACUUAUUCCAACAUUUUUCUUGGUUAUAACUGUUAUACAAUUACAUUACUUUCAUCGAGAUUUUCUUGCCUUAUCAGAUAUUAAUGCAAGAAAUGAAACUUCUAAUGGUGAAAGACCAGAGGAAAGUACUCUUCCUAUAGAUAUUGAAGAUACUGGUCCUGAAAGUGGUCAGUUUGAGAAGAAACACAGUUUUCUGCGAACUAUGCAUAGACAUAUGUCUCAUGAAGAAAUCGAAAGAGCUUGGAAGAGAAUGAAAGAUAGAAUAGAGAAAUGUAUUGACUACAUUUGGCUGUAUUUGGAAAUUCACAUGUACAAAAUAAUGCUUCUCUCGAUUGUCUUACUAUGUGUGCGUGAUGUGUGUGCAGUACAUUUUAUUCUUUUACUGAUGGCUGUUGUUGCUUUAUCAUUUGGUACCAGAAUACAUUCUCUCAUCACCAAAAUAUGUUCAGCUCUUGUCAGUGUCUUUCUGCUAUCAAAAAUGAUAUAUCAAAUUCAGUAUAUCAAACCAGAUAUACAUGAUGUGAAUUGUACAUUCUCUGUGCUGGGUACAAAUAUAACAAAUUACACAUUUAACAAUCUACAAUGGGUUGGCUUGGAUAAAACUAAUGAUGAACUUUCUUUACCCGAAUUAGUAAAAGGCUAUAUUGGUUUAAUUUUCUUGGCAACUAUAUUGGCAGUCAUUAUUAUUCGUCAACAAUAUAGACGCCAAAAAAUGAAUUUGCCUUUAAAACGUCCUGAAGUUCUUUUUCCUGAUAUUAAUAGAAACAAUGCUGAUCGAAAUCUCAAGUCAGGUAUUCAGUUCUUGGUGAACUAUGGGUUUUACAAAUUUGGAAUCGAAAUUUGCUACAUUCUAGCUGUUAUAUUAAUUGCAUCUCGCAUGGACAUGUAUGCUCUUUUACAUUGUAUAUGGUUAUGUGGCUUGUUCAGUUUGGAAAGAGAAACAUUGGCCCGAAUUUGGGGGUUUUACCACAUAUUCAUUGCCUUAACCAUUUGUAUUCAAUAUGCCUUUGCAGUUGGAUUACCCACUGCCAUGUGUAUAGAAUAUCCUUGGUAUACUUCAGAAACUUUACGACAUGUUCAAGAUUGGGCUUUUUUGCCAGAUCCCUUGUAUCCCCUGCCAGUCUAUAAAAUUGUUGCGGAUUUUAUUUUGUUAAUAUUGGUUUCUCAACAAGGGGUAGUAUUUUACCUUGAAAAGAAGCAUGGUGCCGAUUACAAUGGGGGAAGUAAUCAAGACAUUACUCACCUCAUCGAUGAUCCACAUUAUGCCAACCCUAUUCCUGAUUUCAUAUCAAUUGCAAGAUCUUGGCUUGAUAUAGUGAAACAGCGUGUACUCUGCACCCUGAUGUGGGUCACUUUAGCUGUGAUGUUUUUGGCUGGAACUAACCGAGUGAGCCUGUUCUCUUUGGGAUACCUCAUAGGUGCAUUUGUGUUCUUGUGGCAAGGAGAGGAUUUUUAUCUUCGCUCUGUGAAAGUAAUUCUACAUUGGUGGAACUAUCUGUUGGGUUAUAAUGUAGCAGUAAUUUCCUGUAAAACUCUACUGCAAAUUGUUGGCUGUAUUUUUCUUAAAGAAACAAAACAGAGUGCAUGUACAGUUGUGCAGUUAUUUGCAAUAUCGUGUAUUAAAAGAGCUGGAGAGACAGACCCAAAUGAUGCAGAUGAAGAUGAAUGUGCUGUGUCAGAUGAAGUAAUAGGUUUAUUUUGGGACACAAUGUGCUUUGUAUUUUUGAUAGCAAUGCGCAGAGUAUUUAAAAGCCAUUACUUCAUUCACAUCGUUAAUGAAACCAAGGCAAAAACAAUACUUGCUUCGAGAGGGGCAGAAUUGAUAGAACAACUUCACCUGGACCAAAUUAAAGCUCAAGAAGAUCAGGAACAUACUAUGCUUGAGAAAAUUAAGCAGAAAAUGGAGAAGAUCAAAGCAUCGCAACAGAAAAUGCAAGAUACUUAUCGUGAACCAUCUAAUCACUUUGAAGCUGGAAAAAGUGCAAUGAAGCCCUACAAACCUCCAAAGUUUAAUCGAGAUGCCAUUCGUUCUGGUGAUUACUACAUGUUUGAAGAAUUGGAAGACGAGGUUUGUGAUUUGGAAGAGAAAGAAGAGGAUGAAUCAGGUGAUGAAAAUGAUCCACUAUAUCCAAGUGGUAAACGGAAGAUGUCAAUGAGUCAGUUCUUAACAUCAGCACUGAAGACAGAUCUUAAGAAGGCCACUGACCUAGCCCUUGCGGGGCAGUCCCCUCAGGCUUCAGACGGGAGCACAGGCCUGGGGCCCCUGCCAGAGUCUGUGUGCUCUCCACAGGAGCGAGCUGCUUUCUUUCAUGCGCGCUCUGAGCCGUGUGACGCACCCCUCUCACACUCCAGCACUUCAACUCGCAGUGAACGUCACCCUGUUUAUGGUGUUGGAGAUCCAUUGUCAGGUCAAGGACCUGAAAAGCGACCUGAUGAGGGGGAAGGUCCUUCAGAUCAAAAAUCUUUAGGACCUGAAGAAGAGGAUGAAAAAAGUCCAAAUAUAUGGCACAAGAUUGCUACUUUCUUGAAGUUUGCAUGGGCAUUUGUUGAAAGUGCUAUGGUAUCAAUGACCAUUUACUUGAAUCGUUUCUCCCGUGACUAUAGAUAUGUGCGGAAAGUUCUAACUGUUGAAAAGAAGAUGCUUAAGGAGAAACCAGGAUUUGGACGAGGAAUACGUUCUGGAUCUGGAAUGAUUUGGGAACCUCCACCUGGUGCUACUGCUAGUCGAGUGAGUCACUUGGACUUAAGAGUUGAUCAAGAGGAUUCAUUUGAAGAUGAAAGUGAAAUUCCUGAUUUUAAGGACUUUUGGAGGCUUCCUGGGGAGAGCCUUAAGGUGCCUGAAAUCCGCAUUGUGGCUCCCAGUCUGGAGCGAGGCUUGGAUUCCGAUGGUGGCAGUCCAUCUCACUUGCCAAGUGUGGAUGAAAUAGACCAGAGAGACUUUAUGAAGCAAUCAGACACUCCAGCUUUUAUUUACUUAGUGCAAGCAAUGUGGUUUGCGUUCAUUGCUCACACAGACUCUGUUUGCUACUUCAUGGUGUUUUUGCAUCAAGUCAGUGAACCAACUAUUUUAUCUCUUCCAUUGCCAUUGAUGGUAUUUUUGUGGGGGACGUUAAGUGUUCCUCGGCCUACAAAAACCUUUUGGGUCACCAUGAUUGCUUACACAGAGGUGAUUGUAGUGAUAAAAUGCAUGUUUCAAUUUGAACUGUUGCCAUGGCAUGAAGAAAGUCUUUCUGAGAAAUCUCCUUUCUUCCCUCCUCGAAUUCUGGGCAUUGAGCGUGAUCCUCAUUAUGCUGUUUAUGAUCUUGUUCUGUUGCUGAUUAUUUUCCUGCAUCGCUUCAUGCUAAAGUCAAUGGGUCUCUGGAAGAGCACAAAUGAAGAUGAAAUUCAGCUGGAAGAAGGAGAACAUUAUUUUAUGAUGGAAGAAGGAUUAGAAUCCAACACACUGCCCUCUUCUCAUACGGAGAACAUGGAUACAACAGAGGAAGGAAAUAAUUUGCGUCAUCGGUUUGGCUCUCAGCGAAGCAGAAUAGCAACACGUGCAGGACGCCAACUGCUGAUGGUGGAACAGCCUGCAGAGGAAGGUGAUGAACAGUCGCCACCUGCAGAAGUGUCGGAAAGUGGAGGACAGCUAGUUGUGGUGAAAGCACAAGCUCAGUCUCUAUGUCAGCACUUCCCCAAAGCAUUUUCCAUGAUGACAUCAAAGUAUGGAGAAUCAGUGAAAAUCUUUUUUAAAGAUUUACUGUCGCCAUCCAAAAAAGUGAAAGCUGAUGUUUAUGCAUACAUGUUUAUGUGUGACUUUUUCAAUUUUUUAGUUAUUAUUUUUGGAUUUGCUGCAUUUGGACCUCAAAGAGAAGAUGAUGGUGGAGUUCUUUCAUAUCUAGAAGAAAACAAAGUGCCUAUUCCUUUCCUAAUAAUGUUAAUCCUUCAGUUUGCAUUAAUUGUAAUAGAUCGUGCUCUUUUCUUGCGCAAGUACAUUCUUGGCAAAUUAGUCUUCCAGUUUUGUCUAGUCGUUGGAGUACAUAUUUGGCUCUUCUUUGUUCUUCCUGGUGUUACUGAAAGGUCAUUCCGAGAAGCUUUAACACCACAAAUGUGGUACAUGGUAAAAUGCUUUUACCUUCUACUAUCUGCGUAUCAAAUACGUAGUGGUUACCCAACUCGUAUAUUGGGUAAUUUUGUGUGCAAAAGAUAUAAUAUCAUUAAUAUGGUUUUAUUUAAAGGAUUCAUGUUUGUACCUUUCUUAUUUGAACUUCGGGCAUUGAUGGACUGGGUUUGGACAGAUACAUCAAUGACCUUGUGGGAUUGGUUAAAGAUGGAAGAUAUAUUUGCACAUAUUUUUGGUUUGAAAUGUGAACGCCGAAUGGAACAAGAAUAUCCACAACCCAGAGGGCAGAAGAAAGCAGCUCUUGUGAAGUACAUCAUGGGUGGAAGCUUCCUUUUUCUCAUAAUUGGCAUCAUAUGGUUCCCGUUGGUUAUUUUUGCUCUGGGCAACACAGUUGGCAUGCCCAACCUCCCUCAUGAUAUGAGCAUGACUCUAAGCAUCAGUUCUUAUCCACCAUUGUAUAGUGUCUCUGUUCAAAGUCCAUCAAUAACCAAAGGAGCACAGACAUUCUUUUCAAAUUAUGAUUAUGAGGAUGUUGCUGUUGCAAAGUUCAGUCAUAAUGCUUCUAAUAUUUGGACAAUAUCACCGCCAGAUCGCUUACGUCUUAUUGAUGAAAUUCAGUCCAAUAAAGAAAUAAUAUUCCAACUUAGCUGGAAUUUAGUGAGAAAGAGUGCAAGUAAAAGUUCUACAGGAAAAGCAAGCGACAGUUCCAAAUGGAUAAUGGACAAAACCCAUGAGACUGAAAGAAAAGAAUUCAUAAAAAUAAUAAAAAUGGAUGCAAAUGCCACAAAUAUAACAAUCGGGCACUUGUUCCCAAAGUUUCUUAAAUUUACUAAUAGAGAUACUGUUCACCCAGUCCCACAGUUAAUGAAAGGAGACACUGAAGAAGAAAAGUCCCUCCGUAAGUUAACUCUCAGAUUGUAUCGGGGAUCAUUUUUGGAUACUGGUAUAACAGAAGAAUGGUGGGGUAUAUCAGAAUUGUGUGGUGGAGAAAACUUCGAUAUCUUGAAGCAUCUGCCUCAGUACAGCUGUGAUCAUCUAGUUAUGUAUGUUUUCAAUGACAAGGCCUUUCCAGAGACACUUAGCAUUAUAUCAGGAGGAGGAAUCAUCGGUCUGUACACCACAAUGGUUCUCAUAGCCAGUAACAUAUUACGUGGCUAUUUCACGGGACUCUUGAACACAAUCAUGUUUGACGAUUGUCCCUAUGUGGAUAGAAUUCUGCAGCUAUGUCUGGAUAUCUACUUGGUACGAGAGAGUGGUGAACUGGCCUUGGAAGAGGAUCUCUUCGCCAAAUUAAUAUUCCUGUAUCGUUCACCGGAGACUAUGAUAAAGUGGACUCGCCCUCGGGCAGAUGAUGAGGCAGAUGUGGAGGAAGAAAGUGUUGCACACCCUGCCCCUCAACAGUGAUCAGCGAUGCAUACAAGAUGUUGGGUUAAGUGAGGUCCAAACUGAAAUAUCGUGCAGUGAACUUCCUGUAUUUGAUUCCUAACAUGUGCCUCAUUCUCUCACUUUUGCUCAUUGUGUGAUGUGGAAAUGAAUGCUGCUAUAUUGGGAAAGACAAAAUUCUGGAAAAACCUGUGCUAUAUUACAGUGUGCUAGCUUGUGAACUUCAGUCUUCUUAUAAUUAAUAUCAGUUUUAUGUUCAAAACAUACAGUUGAGCCUGUUUCAGGCUUCUGUGCAUCUGUGAAAAUGAGCUUUAUUCGUAUAUGCUAAUUGGUUACAGUGCUGUGAUAUUAAAGUGCACAUUUCAAAUGUGCUGAAUACCAGUUACAAAAUUAAUCAAUUAGCAAAACUGGAAACAAAACUUAUUGUUAUGAAAUUAUUGGUGAAAUUUGCUUUUGUGAGCAUGUUGCCAACAAAAUGAAACAGAAUUUCUUCAAUUAUUUAUCAUUUUGAUGUUGAUUAUGUUGCAUGUACAAGUUGUUCUUCUAGUGACAAACGUUUACUGGAAAAGCAUGUAAAAACCCUAUUUGAUGAUGGGACUGUGUCUGAUUACAUACAGAAUUUAUAUGCAGUUGUACAAUUUUGCAAUUGAUAAUGCUAAAAUGUGAUAUUAAGUCUAUUUAUGUGAUAAGCACUUCCCUGGACAGUACUCAGGUUUGGUGUUACAUAUUUUGUAUUUUGUGGCAGCCAUAAUAUAAUUUUCCAGGCAUUUUUAAUGUAGUGUAUUACUUGUUGAUAUUUUAAUAAUUUGCACAUACAUUGUUUGCAUAUGAAUGUUGCACAAACUCUGUUUGUAUUUUGUAUAUGAAUAAUUUAUUAAAAUAUAAUAGAAAUAAAAUAAUGUAAUUUAG